CUCAGAAACCCCAUCUGAUAGCUCUCGAACCCUUUUCUUCAUUCUCUCGGAAACACCAUCUGGGAGAAGAUGGCGCCGCCGCCACCAGCAGCAGCAGCAGGAGGAGGUACAGCAGCGCAGCCACAGAGGCAGCAACAGGGAGGUGGAAUUGGGCAGACAAUAUCUGGAAUCAUAAGGAUCGCUGUCUUCUGGUACUUCGCAUCCAAAUUCUUUGCCCCCAAAAGACCUGUCGAUCCCUCUCAGCCUGUUGUCGUCAUGUCUAAUCUCUUCCAGAAAGGCGAACCAAUGGAUAUGUGGGUAUAUCUUUCUGAAAAUGAGAAGUUUAAUGACUUUGGUAACGAUGGUUCUCUUGUUUGGCAUGAAACUAACAUUCCAUAUGCCACAUGGGGACCAGAAAGUACCCGAACCCUUUCAAUGGACUAUUAUCCAUCUGAGAAUUUGAAGCACAACGGGAGUCUCUAUGCUCAUGUCUUCUUUGCACAAUCUGGUUACCCUCCAGAUCCUAAUGAUCCUGAAUACCAGCCUCAAGCUGCCUUUGGGAGGACACAUGUUGUUGUGACAUACUUGCCCAAGUCUAAAGCAGAUAAAAAGAGGAGUCUGCUGGGAACUGCCAAUGGUGCUGAAGAGGGUGAAUUAGCAGCCCAGGUAGUUGACGAUGGUGAAGGUGAAGUUGACUCUAAAGAUGAUGGUCCUGUUGAGUGGAUUUCUCAUUGGAAACCAAAUAUUACCAUUAAUUUGGUUGAGGACUUUUCACGCUAUUCACAAAAUGCAGUGCCACCAAAUGUUGCUCCUUAUAUAAAUAUUGAUUCUACUACAGGAAAUUACUACCCUACCAUCUUCUUUAAUGAGUUUUGGUUACUUAGAGAUAAGCUGAUUGCGAUUAAUGAGACUGUGAAUGAAUUGCCACUUAAUUUGGAGGUCAGUCCAAUAAGCAUGAUGAAGUGGCAGCUAUUUCAGCAGAUUGAUCAAUCAUUCCAAAUCCAUCGUAGUUAUGGAAGCAUGCUUGAAGGCGAGUCUGAUGAACUUAAGCGGGUGUUCUUGGAAGGAAACCCUUACUUGCUUGUGAUUACAAUGGUGGUUUCAAUGCUUCAUUCUGUCUUUGACUUCUUAGCAUUCAAGAACGAUAUCCAAUUUUGGAACAAAAAUAAGUCUAUGGAAGGAUUGUCUGCAAAGUCUGUUGUUGUGAGCUUUGUAUCUCAGCUCAUCGUCUUCCUCUAUCUUCUUGACAAUGACACGUCGUGGAUGAUACUUGCAAGUUCUGGAAUUGGUUGCUGUAUUGAAUUUUGGAAAAUAGGAAAAGCCAUGCACAUUGAGAUUGAUAGAAGUGGAAAGAUACCAAGGUUGAAGUUCCGAGAUCGUGAAUCAUAUGCAGGGAAUAAGACUAAGGAAUAUGAUGAUAUUGCAAUGAAGUAUUUGUCCUAUGUGCUCUUCUUCCUUGUGGCAUGCUUUUCUAUUUAUUCUCUCAUGUAUGAGCGCCAUAAGAGCUGGUAUUCAUGGAUUCUCUCUUCAAUGACAAGCUGUGUUUACAUGUUUGGCUUCAUAAUGAUGUGCCCUCAACUGUUCAUAAACUACAAGCUCAAGUCUGUGGCUCAUUUGCCCUGGAGGCAGAUGACAUACAAGUUCCUAAACACCAUCAUUGAUGAUCUUUUCGCCUUUGUCAUAAAAAUGCCAACACUUCAUCGGCUUUCUGUCUUCCGUGAUGAUCUUAUAUUUUUGAUAUAUCUCUACCAGCGGUGGGUUUAUCCAGUGGACAAGAAACGUGUAAAUGAAUUUGGGUUUGGUGGUGAAGAUGAUCAGGCAUCUGGUGGUACAGUUGCCACUGUUACAGAUGAAGCUGAGAAGAAAACCAACUAAGAUGUAUUUCGUAGGUACUUUUGGACUCUGUAACGGCAGAUUACUGUAGAAUGAAGUGUGAUAGUUAUGAUUAUUAUUAUUAUUUUUUUACAAAAUUAAAAUUAGAAUUGGUUUUGGGCCUUUUGUCUUUGUGACAACCUGGUUUUUGAGAUUGGAACAUGGAACCCUCAUUCCAGAUUCACUAACUAAACUUCUCUUAGAUUC